GCAGCUUAAAAAAUUGGGGCGUCUUUUCAGAAGCUUAGCAGCUAAAAUUCGUUUCUGAGCUUCUUUAAGUCUUAUUUUGCUUUUAAGCCCAAACUGCUUAAGGACACGGACACCCUCAUUCCUUAGGAGUGAAAUUUAACUGCAAAGGGUCCUUCCUGGAUUUGGGUGUGUGUGCUUUUUUUUUUUUUUCCUCCUUUGUUUCUGACUCUUGAGCCAACUCAGCCCAGUCAUGGUGAUGUUCAAGAAGAUCAAGUCUUUCGAGGUGGUCUUUAACGACCCUGAAAAGGUGUACGGCAGUGGCGAGAAGGUGGCCGGCCGGGUGAUGGUGGAGGUGUGUGAAGUUACUCGAGUCAAAGCCGUUCGGGUCCUGGCUUGCGGAGUGGCGAAAGUCCUCUGGCUGCAGGGAUCCCAGCAGUGCAAACAGACCUCGGAGUAUCUGCGCUACGAAGACACGCUUCUCCUGGAAGACCAGCCGACUGGUGAGAAUGAGAUGGUAAUCAUGAGACCUGGAAACAAAUAUGAGUACAAGUUUGGCUUUGAGCUUCCUCAGGGGCCUCUGGGAACAUCCUUCAAAGGGAAAUACGGGUGUGUAGACUACUGGGUGAAGGCUUUUCUUGAUCGCCCCAGCCAGCCAACUCAAGAGACAAAGAAAAACUUCGAAGUGAUGGAUCUGGUGGAUGUCAAUACCCCUGAUUUAAUGGCACCUGUGUCUGCUAAAAAGGAGAAGAAAGUUUCCUGCAUGUUCAUUCCUGAUGGGAGAGUGUCUGUCUCUGCUCGAAUUGACAGAAAAGGAUUCUGUGAAGGCGAUGAGAUUUCCAUCCAUGCUGACUUUGAGAAUACAUGUUCCCGCAUUGUGGUCCCCAAAGCUGCCAUUGUGGCUCGCCACACUUACCUUGCUAAUGGCCAGACCAAGGUGCUGACUCAGAAGCUGUCAUCUGUCAGAGGCAAUCAUAUUAUCUCAGGGACAUGUGCAUCAUGGCGUGGCAAGAGCCUUCGGGUGCAGAAGAUCAGGCCUUCUAUCUUGGGCUGCAACAUCCUUAGAGUUGAAUAUUCCUUACUGAUCUAUGUUAGCGUUCCUGGAUCCAAGAAAGUCAUCCUUGACUUGCCUCUGGUAAUUGGCAGCAGAUCUGGUCUAAGCAGCCGAACAUCCAGCAUGGCCAGCCGAACCAGCUCUGAGAUGAGUUGGGUAGAUCUGAACAUCCCUGAUACCCCAGAAGCUCCUCCUUGCUAUAUGGAUAUCAUUCCCGAAGAUCACCGAUUGGAGAGCCCCACCACUCCUUUGCUAGAUGAUACAGAUGGCUCUCAAGACAGCCCUAUCUUUAUGUAUGCUCCUGAGUUCAAGUUCAUGCCACCACCUACUUAUACUGAGGUGAGAAUUGUCCUUUUUAAUGUUACAUUUGUCCUAAGCUUUCUAUGGGAAGCUGACUUAGAGGAAUCGCUUGUUCUUUUAUUACUUUAUAUCCAGUCUAAGAGUCUCUUGUUUUUUCCUCCAGGUGGAUCCCUGCAUCCUCAACAACAAUGUGCAGUGAGCAUAUGGAAGAAAAGAAGCAGCUGUAUCUAUUUCUUUCUGCCUCUCUACCUGAACACUCACUUUUUCAGAGACUCGACGGUCUCCAUGGUGGGGUUACGGGUCCACCUCAGCCUCUGACUCCUUAACGUAGGAGGUGAUCAGCAGGCAAUCUCCUGGGCCUUAAUGGGUGUGGACUCGUCCCCAACCAGCGCCGAUGUUGUGAUAUAGGGGUUGAUUGCUGGAUGGGUUUAAAAACAACUAAAAAAAUUCAGGCCUAUCCGUUUUCUCAGAUUUCCCUGAAAAUUGAGGCAUUUUCAGUUUUGCGUCAGGAGUAGAAAUGGUCUCCAUGCAUGGUUUCCUUAAGGUAUUUUGGAGGUUUUCUGAUAGAUUGUACUAACAUUGGACUUGUACCUCUGUGCCAUGUGGAGCAGGGCCAAUUUAGUAAAGUAGGAAAAUGAAAAGUCGUGGCCAAAACUUUGGAAAAAGGAGGUUCUUAAAAUCAGUGUUCCCCUCUGUACACCUAAACAGAAAAAAACAAACUCCACAGGGUUGUUUGAUUUGAACUUUGGAGAGAGCUUUUCCUACUUAAUUAAAGGGAAGGUGCUCUAAGGUUGUCUUUGCUUAGAAUGUACUUUAAUCUGGCAUAAAACAGGAGUCACUGUGCCCCACCAAAGGUCUUAAAAGCCAUUUUAGAACUUAUUGCACUGCGUUCUCUUGCUGAAAACAUUUUCAUAUAAGAGAAUGUUUUUGGGCUGGGCUCAGUGGCU